GCGAUACUGGAGUAUCAUGCUGGGCUGGCACAACAUGCGCCUAUAUUGAGGUCGACUACGAUACCAACUACUUUUGCUGCUCCGAAGUCAGUUAAUGUGUUUUGUGUAGCAGCAGAUCGUUAAUCGUUUGAAUACAGGAGGAAUCAGAAGAGGAAUGUGCAUCGCUCCAGAGUACCCCCGUCGAGUUCUUGACACCGCUACCAAAUCCCACUUCGUCAUAUCCCUCCAGCGCAACUGGCCUCGUACAUCCUACUACUGUAUUGAUGACGAAGGACCAUUAUAUUACCGUGGCUGCGCCAAUCUCGACUUCCAAUCCGAGCGACUCGGCUCAGGUCUUCAAAUCGAGCGAGUCCUCCUCAUCCUCGAGCCUGACUGUAGGAGCCAAGAUCGGCGUCGGAAUUGGAGUACCCGUAGCUGCACUGGCGCUCGGACUGCUCGCAGUAUUCGUAUGGUUUCGCGCAGUCAAGCGCCGUCGCUCGAGAACACCCGAAGUGAAACCGCCUUGGGAAGUGGAUGCUCAGGAAUCGCAGUUGACGCCGGAGGAAUACGAACGGAAGAAAAACCAAAAGCCCCCAGAAGACGACGAAGAGGGUGCGAACUAUGGAGCAGGGGCGGAGGAGCCGGCUGCGCCGCAGAGAUCCUCGCUUCUUCAGGUAUCACCACUUUCACGGAACAGGGAUUCUAUGGCGAUAUCAUCUGUCAAUACCACCUCGCCCAGCGUCAACUACUCUCCGAUCCCUGUGAGCGACCUGCCGGAGCUAGUGGACGGGCCCUCAAAGUGAACCUAACUGAGACCACUCUUGUCGAUUACCGUCCAUCUUCCUUGUCAUUAGUUAUAUCACGUGAGCCUAAACUUCAACGGUGUUCGGCCUUGUUUGAUCAAGCUACGAGACUCGCACCCGUCAUAUUUCUUCACCGUUAUUUGAACACUUCAUCUUAUUUGAAAUUCAAUUGGAACACAUGCUCAUAACUGUUGCGUCCUCGAAAAGCGUAAUGCAGGUACCCCAGUUUUUGAAUAAUUGUCUAUUUCUGCCCUAAAGUUCACAUUUCAUAAUAAUCAUACAUCUUGGUCGCCUCAGCGACUUGAAUAUGCUCGGAAUCUCCAAGUAUUUCAGGUUUUAGGGAUGUAUCUACGCUCACUACUAAUCACCAGGAAGUCCCGCAAUCGUCGACAAAAAAUCUAAUAUACAACUCCACGGUACACGCC